AUGUUGCCACAGAUCUAUGGCAAGUCAACAUAUCUAUCCUUGGGUGAGAAAGGCCCAGUGACCCCGCCACAGAAGUAUAAGUGGCUCCAUGACACCUUGCCCUCUCAGCAGACUGACUUUGGCAAGGGAGGCCUGCUUGGUGACAACACCAAUCUCACACAAACCCCCGCUCAGCUUGAAGCCACAAAAGCUCAAUACAGUAGCCCAGAUAGCAUGCCGAAGAUGUGCCAAGUUUCCAUAAAAUCACCACUCAGAACGCCCAAAAGAACCCAAGCCAACGCACUGCUCCAACAAGCCUGGUGA